AUCGCUGCGGAAGACGCGCGUCGAUUUAAAAUCGCGAUAAAAUAAAAGUUUAUAAAUCGUGAAAAUAAAAGUUACGACAUUUCGCAUCGGGACCGUUCCUUAUGUCAUAAUUUGUGAUCGUUUUUCGUAAUCUGUGUUAUUUGCUGGAACUAAUUUUAGGACAAGAAUGUUUUGUUGUGUAUUUUGAAUUUCAAAUUAAUCCGAAGGAAGAUCAUUGUGUGAAUCAAGAAUAGAUUUUUGAAGCUGGCUCGGCAAUUUAUAACAUCUUUCUUCCUAUUGUUAUUAAAAAAUGUGUAUAAUAAUUUUACAUUUGUUACGAAAGUGUAAAGACUAAAAAACAGUUAAAAAGGUAAACAAGUACCAGUGCAGAGACGUAUUUAAAAAAUUAAUUAGCUAUAGACAUCGGAAUAAUUCUAUAUGUGAUUAAAAUUAAACAAACUGUGAAAUAAAGACUUUGUUGUAUGUAAUAAAUAUGAUAUAAAAAUCAUGGAUCCUCAAGAAUUAGUACCAUUGGAAGCGGGCCUUGCGAACCGUCCACGUCCGACACGUCAGUUCAGCCAGCUAAAGUCUCGGGCCUGCUACCAGGGCCCCAUAAGACUAUGCAGACUAUUACUUUUGAUGAUAGUAUUGCCUUGUAUGUUUAUCUUCAUACCUUUGUAUAUGAGGUACAAAGUAUUCUCCGGUCAAAUGUAUCCUAUGAGCAUGACAGACAUGCGACUCAUUGACAGCAAGAUCUCGCCCACAUGGUGUCAGCGCCAAGUGGUGAAGUCGAACGCUACGUUCAAUGCCUUCGUGGUACCAGGUCCGCCGAGCCUGGCUGAUGAACUGGUACCAGUCUCCAUGACCCGGGAGUUGGAGCUCGAAGACGAUAUGAAGGAAUACUGGGGUUUCUAUCUACUGAAGGGGUCAUCGGUUACCGUGUCUACUUGUGUCAGAUGGCCAGGAGCUUCUUUAAUUAUGAUAAAAGGUUACAAGCAUCUUAAAGAAUGUGCAUACAUCGGUGAUAACUCAUCAGAAGAAUUAGAUGAACUUCUUGAAGCUUACAAACUCGGUCUUCUAUCUAAUACUACGUUACUGGAAAAGGUGCAGGAAUUAAAAAAAGUCGAUGGAAAAGCCAACGAUCCUGGUGCUAUGAAACGUCACAAAGCCGGUGUAAGCUUCCACGAUCCUAUGCAACAAGGAAAUAUGACGUCAUCGGAUCCUGUACCAAGUGUUGACGUCACUGAUCAUGAUCCCAAAGAAUUAAGAGAGAUUUUGGAGCGACUCCACGCGAUACGUCAGGCGGCCAAAGACGAGCAGCUGAAAUACUACCGGCCUCCUUCGCAUCUGAUGUCUCUCACUGAACUUCACAGACACAGAGACACAAAUGUUGAUAGAGACACAAGACAGUGGCUUUCUUUUAAAGAUAUAGAUGGCAAUAGUAGCAAUCAAGAUGUUGUUAAAAAUAAAUCGUUAGAAAAAACACUGGAUUCAAACAAUACUAUAGAAGCUAAGGAUACACCAGACGAAAUAAAAUCUACAACAAUAAAAUCUGAAAUCACUUCAAAUAUAAACAAUACAAAUGAAACAACUACGACAGUUGUAACAGAGAAAUAUGAAUCUCCUACAAACGUUAAAAUGGAUACUGGGAAUCCAACAAUAGAGUUAAAUACUUCGGAUACAGAUGUAAACUCCAAAGAAGUAUUUGAAGAUGUUCUGAAACAACUUCAAGCAUUAGGAGACAGGGGAAAGAAGGUUCUGUACCGACUGCAUAAAACAAUGGGCGUUGAUUAUCAAGAAAAGCAAGCACUAAACAGAUCUUUAAUUAUGAGUAAGGUGACAGGAAGUGAUGAGGAAUUGGAUCGUUUGCGGAAAGUGCUGGUUGAGGCUAUUGAUGAGGAGAAGAACAAAACCCAGAGACAACAAAGAAGACGCGACACAAGAGAAGAAGCGAGAGCUAGAAGGGAUCUGAUGCUGGCUCAGAUCGAGCUGAAGAAGGAACUGAACGAGGACGACGAGGCGAGGAACACCGCACAGGAAGAUGUAGACGAGGGUCUGUCUCCGGACGGUUACGCUGAAGAUCACAGCCAAGUGAACGAGACGACAGCAUUCGACAUGUCCAACUCGGAGUUCUGGUCCUCCUUCUCCAGCAGCGAGGAGGCUCUGCUGGAGUGCGAGGGUCUGCUGCUGAAUCUGCCGCUCACCCCGCACCCCGCCUGCACCUCCAACCAGCACCAUCCUGAUGCUGCUACACCCAACGCACUCACAUACCGGGUGCCAGCGAAUGGAUACUACUUCUUCGUGUUCAACUCUGAGAACGAGGUGCAGAGGAACUUCAUCCGCGCGCAGUUCGACCUGCAGAAGACGAGGUACGAGGUGGCGCGAUCAGCUCUGCGCGAGUGCACCAACACCACCACCCGCUGCGACCUCCCACUCGACAUCUUCUCCGCACAAAAGGUAGUUCUAGAAGUACCUCUGAGCAAGAACGAGUCUCUGUGGAACGAGCAGUUUGUGAUCGUGUCGGAGUGCGAGCCCCGCACUGCUGUCUACCUCCUCUGCGUCCUCGCCGUGCCCGUACUCAUACUCAUCACUGCCUUCCAGUAGACCACUCAUCACCUCGCUCACCUCGCUCUCCUCACUCUCCUCACUUACUCAUCACUUCACCGUAACAACAUAGGAUAAAUGUACAUAUGUAAAUCUGAAAACGAAAAACACAUUGGUAUAUGACGGGAUUCGA